UUCAGAAGUCAGAUUUUUCACAGAAACAGCCUCUUCCCUAGAAGCAGAAGUACAUUGCAGAUGGCCAGUGAGGAAAGGUUUUAGUUUUUUCGCUUUCUGAGGAUCUAGAGAAGCAUAUAAACAUUAAUAUUGGAUAUUGAAUUUUCUGACUUUCUGAUUGCCUGAAUCUUCCUGGAACCUGUCAUUGUGAGAAAAUCUGAACUGUCACAAUGUCAAGAGUUGCCAAUCUGUCAAAACUGCGGCAAGAAAGGAUGAGGGAGAUCAGCUUGCGGAAUAAAGAGAGAGAGCACAUGAGGGAGCAAGAGAAGGCAGCAAGGGAAAGGGAGGCACGUUUCAGCAAUGGUCAUCUCUUCACGUCAUUGACAGUUUCAGGAACUACACUCUGCACAGCAUGUAGCAAGAGUAUUACUGCCAAGGAGGCCCUCAGCUGCCCGACAUGCAACAUCACUAUUCACAACCGCUGUCGAGAUGCUUUGCCCAACUGCGCCAAAAUGAAACAGAGGCAGCAGAAGACAGUCCUGUUGAAGAAUAACUCAGCCUUGCAGAAUAUCACUCUGCGUGCAAAAACUCCAGGAAUGCGUGAACGCCCAAGUUCGGCCAUCUACCCUUCUGAUAGCUUCCGACAGUCCCUGCUGGGAUCCCGCCGAGGUCGCUCCAGUCUGUCCCUGUCUAAGAGUGUCUCCACCAACAACAUUUCAGGGACCUUUAUUGAUGGCUCUCCCAUGGGGCUGCGCAGGAUCCUAUCCCAGUCCACAGACUCCCUCAGUUUCAGGACCAGAGCUAUGUCAGUGGAGUCUCUCAAUGAUGAUGGAGACAUCUAUUAUAAUUCAGUGCUGGAGGAACUUGAGAUGGAGGGCCAGGACUUUAAGGCGGAUUCUUGGAGCAUGGCUGUGGACAGUCGCUAUUUGCUGACACAUCGAAAAAACGUCAUCAAGAGGCAGGAUGUCAUCUAUGAGUUUAUUCAGACGGAGCUACACCACAUGCGAACGCUGCAUAUCAUGGAGAGGGUUUUUCAGCAGGGCAUGCUGGAGGAGCUUCAGCUAGAGCCUAGCAGUGUGCAUGCUAUUUUCCCCUGUUUAGAGCCAUUGAUCAGGAUGCAUUCUCAGUUCCUGGCACAACUGCUCCUCCGGCGUAACAAUAGCCUGGAGUCUGGAUCCAGCUACAAUUUCACCAUUCGGCAGCUGGGAGACAUUCUACUACAGCAGUUCUCAGGCCAGUGUGCAGAUGACAUGCAGAAGACAUAUGCAGAGUUCUGUAGCCGCCACUUAAAGGCUGUAAAAUUGUACAAGGAACUGCUGGCCAGAGACAAGAGGUUCCAGUCCUUUAUACGGCGGGUGAGUCGUGGGCCACUGCUGCGUUGCCAUGGGGUUCAGGAGUGCAUCUUGUUGGUGACUCAGCGGAUCUCCAAGUACCCUGUCCUUAUUCAGCGCAUUCUGGACAACACCACUGAGGAUGAGGAAGAAGUCUCUUCUCUGGCACAGGCUCUUACAAUGGUCAGAGAACUUCUCAGUUCAAUAAAUCAGCAGAUGGGGGAGAUGGAGAAAAUGCAACGGCUCCAAGAGAUCCAGGCCAAGUUGGACCCAAGGGCUGAAGCCCGAGUCAGGCUUGGUGGAGUUUUCAAGCCUGCAGAAUUGUUUCGCCGGAAACUAGUACUUGAAGGCACACUUUUCUGGAAAACUCCAGGAUCCCGUCUCAAAGAUAUACACGUCUUACUGAUGACAGACAUCCUGGUGUUUCUGCAAGAGAAAGACCAGAGGUACAUCUUUCCAAGUUUGGACAAAUCUCCAGUACUGUCCCUCCAGAACCUUAUAGUGAGAGAUAUAGCCAAUCAGGAGCGAGGCAUGUUCCUCAUCAGCGACUCCUCUCCUCCUGAGAUGUACGAGAUUCAUGCUGCCUCCAAGGAAAACAAGAAUGUCUGGAUACGCCACAUUGAGAACACAGUCAGCAAGUGUCCAUCAAGAGAGGAGUUCCCCCUAAUAGAGACUGAGCACAAGGCCCAUCUGAGGAGACUCAAAGCUGACCUUCAUCACAAGGACCAGGAAAUGCUUGAGCUCCUGCAAGAGAGGGUUACAGUAUUCUGUGAGCUGGCAGAGGUGUCAAGUGGUCAGGAGGGCCUACAGCCUCCCAUCACACGUUACCUAUUCAGGGCAGACACACCCCAAGCUCCCCGUGCAGAAAAACUCCUACUGGAAGCCACAGCUGAAGUGGACAAGUUGAGUGAAGUCCUUCUGGGCUCCAGUGUGGACAUCCCUCUUCUAUGCCAUCACAACCGCAACGUGGUAGAAGCCAGUAAUCAGGAUCUGUUGAUUAAUGGAGCCCAUGAUUUCUGUGCAGCAAAGGAGAUCUGUCAAAGGCUGGUGAAUCUCAGUGUCUAUCUCCAUGCACUCCAGGGUGCUAUCAUCAAACAAGACUCCAUCUUGGAGCUGCUGCUACAGGACACCAUUGUGCCGGCUGUAGGAGGAGUAUGGCGCCCUCUCUGGCAAGAUGGUGGAAAUCGGGAGACCAGUGUAGGAUCAACCAUUGGGGAGCUAACUCUUUUGCAGAGACAACACAGCCUGCUACAGGAAGAACUGCUGAGGUUGCGGAAUGCAGAGAACCGGUUCAAGGACAGCGAGAAGGCCCGGGCCAAGCUAGAGAGACAAGUUCGAAACAUGAGGGUCUGCAACAGGGCUGCACCUGACUCCAAGCAGCUGGAGGAGCAGGCUUCUCAACCUGCAUCUCUGCAACCAGGAAGGUGUGUCAUAGCUGACACCCUACGGACCAGGCAGGAGCCAAUCCACCCAUCAGAUGGUGCACAGGAUGAAAGUGAUGUGGAGGUAGACAUGACAUCAGACGAUGAUGAUGGGACAGCAUCUGCAAGCUCCAAAGAUCUUCAAGAUAUUCCAGAGGACAUCUGAUUGUCUGAAUAUUUCACAGUGCUGGUCAGGUCAUUUGAUGUAACCGGAUUGACUUAAAAAAUGUGUAUCUUAUAGUCUUAAUAUUUAUUUAUCUGCUUUGAGUGGAUGGCAUGUGGCAGUGAGUGUUUUGAUUUUUAAAUUGUAUGUUUUGUAUUAUUUCCAUGAUAUAAUCCAUCACUUGACUAAAAGGUGUGGAAAUUAGAUUGAUAUUGCUUAUAUGCAUAUGCUUAUACACCUUUGACAAGGUUCCGAGGGAUAGGGUAUACAAGUACUGCUGAUCUUAAUUAUUUUACGUAGUACAAGUUAAACAUCAAUUUUUUACAUCAAUAUUUUUUUCUCAAAAUCUAGGAAUUUAGUCGGAACUCGUUUUAUAUUGAAAUAAUUGUUUUCUUUAUGAAAAUUGGAUAUGAAAAAUGGAAUCACACCUUUGUGGUUUACACCAGAGGUUUGGUGAGGGGGGGCCACCAAACAGUUCUGGGGCUGGGUCAGCAGUGUUGCCAACUCCUCAUUAAGGAAAGUAGCUAUUGGCUGUCCUAAAAGUCGCUGGAAGUCGCUAAAUGACGUCUUUGCCUAAUUUGCAGAAUUGUAAUGGUCGCUGUAGGACGUACAAAAAGUGAGAAAUAAACACCCUAAAUAUGUUUAGAACUAAAAAUGAGCUUUCUUCUACGGAAGCGUAUUGCAUUCACAAAAUUCAGUUUUUUUAGAUAAUUAUCUGGAAAAUUCGAGAUAAGUUCUAAAUAAAAUAAAAACAUAACUUUUUUUUUUCAAGUGAAUGCAAUACGCUUCCGUUUUCUUCUGUUGAUUCUUUAUUUUUAUUUUUUUAUCUUGCCAUUGAAAUAGGCCAUCACUUCUCAAAACAACUUUAAUGCUGUUUAAUGACCCACAUACAUAAAUCAAUUUUGUCCUGUAUUGUUAAAUGUUAGAAUAUCAAUUUAAUCAAAAGGCUGUUAAGUGGCGCGGAACUGCUAGCUCUAAGUCCAACCCUCCUCCUUUAUCCGGGCUUGGGACCGGCAAAAUGAUCCAAAAGAGACACUCUGGCAGAGCAAGUUUUGAAAGGGUUCAGUUUCACCACGUUCCACACUAGAGAUCUGGAAAUGUCUUGAUUCUUAGAUGCAUCACGAAGUGGACUCUGCGACGAUGAAGAGACUGAACUCAAUGACUCAUGUUUUCCAGUGACAGUGAAGAUACAUCGACACUUACAUCCCGCUCUGUAAGCCAGAUCAGCAGCGGCUUUGCGCACGUGGAUUUCAUUUGCAGUCUGGAGGACACGGAGCGUGGGUCUCUUCUCUGCUCUGACUGCAGCUGGGACUGAUGCGCAAGGCUACUGGGAGACUGACCGCCUCUGAGUGCUUUGGGAUGGCGGAGGGGCUCACGGCAGCACCCGCUGCUCGUUGAGGACAGUAACAUGAGAGUCUCCAAAACACCAGUCGCUAGAUUUGUCGCUAGUAGCUUUUGCCAAAAUAAGUCGCCAUGAGGAUUUGGAAAGUCGCCAGAUUAAGCGACAAAGUCGCCAAGUUGGCAACACUGUGGGUCAGUGAAUGAGCAGAAUAGCCUGAAUGGGUGGGAUUUGUUUAGAGUUCCAAGAUAGAAUAGUUUAAGCAAAUAUUACAGAUUUUCCUUAUUUACCCUGGUGUGGAAUUAAUAAAUGCCCCAUGGACAUACUGUU